AUGGCGGCGGUGGCCGCGGCGCUGUUGGCGGCUGUGGUCUUCGGCGCGAGCCGAAGGCGAGGCGGAGCGCCUGGAGCAGGCACGCCUGGCGCGGGCGGUUUCCUGGCGCUGCCGACGGGGGCCGCGGCGGCGCUGCCUGCGCCGCCUGCGGGACUGCUGGAGGUGCGACUAAGGCUUCACCUGUCGGAGGCACGGCUGCAACGGCUGGAGGCGCUGCAGGAGCACCACCGGCUGGAGGCGGCGGGGCGACAGCUGCGGGAGGCGCCGCUGGCGGCGCUCGCAGACGCGCUGGGGCUCGGCGAGGCGUCGCUGGAGCGGCCGCUGCGGGAGGAGACGGUGCAGGAGGCAUGGUGCCCGAUGCAGGUGCCGCAGGUAUCCCUGCUGUGCCAGGCCCUGGAGUGGCUGGAGGCGGAGCGCCCUUUGGAGCUGGGUGCGCUGGCCUCGGAGUCGCCGUCAACGGCGCUGCUGGAGGAGGCCUCCGAGGUGAAGGUGCCGCGAGGGGCGCCCCUGGAGGAGGCGGCUUGCUGGGCUGGGUGUUGGCUGCAGGCGCGCACGCCGCGGGAGCGCUCGGGCCUCAGCCCAGGAUGCAUGCUGGAGGGCGUCACGCUGGACGAUUUCGGGAGCGCUGCGGAGACUGCACUAUUUCAGGUGCGGAGUGUGUGGCCUGGCGAUGGCAUGGAGUGCUUCGUGGAGGCGUGGUUCAUGGGCUGCAGCAGCGCUUCGCGGUGGCCCACGCUGGCUGGCAGCUUCACCAGCCGAGGAGGCGCGGUGUCACACCUAUGCACGCAGCAGGCAAGUGAGUGUGCUGGACAGGGCCAGUGGCCUCAGAGGUCGGUGCUGCGCGAGGAGACCUACCGCAUGCGCUCGCCCAGCAACUUGACGGAGGCCUGGGUUCAGCAGCCUGGCGGUGCAAACCCUGGAGCUGCAGCAGGUCCGGCAGCCCAGCCCACGCCCGAGGAUCUGCAGAAGAAGAAGAUUGCUGGGCUCAAGAAGCGACCGCAUCAGAAGCAAAGCAUCGGCGAGCCAUGGACGGUCUGUGCCGAGGCUACCUUGACGAGGCCAGCAGCCGCGGGGCUUGGCAAGAACCAGAACCAGACCGCCCCCCAGCAGGUCACCUCCAUGCUCUCCCGCGAGAAGGGGGUACUCGCAGAGAUCGAAGGGCAAGCCGAUGAGCACGGACCGUCGUUGAGCCCCCAGUUUGUGAUCGAGGCGAGCUCCAGUGGAGGCGAGUCUGGCAGGUUCGCCACUUUGGAUGCCGACGCCUUCGAGAAGCCCUCCCCUUCUUACUUCGCCAACAUGCAUGACGUGGAGCACGACGUCCACCUGGGCGCAAAGGGUGACUUCAUGAAUUCAUUACCUUGUUCAUCUGGCCUUGUCUCUGGCUCUCCGCUGGAGCUCUCGGGGGAGAGCGGCUUGCUGGCCGAGGGCACGGAGGCAAAGCUGAGCUGGGCGCACGCCAUCGGCACGGGCAUCAACUACCACUAUGUGCGCGGCUGGUCGGCCGCCCCUGAGGCGCCACCGAGCGCCGUGCAGCGUCAGGCGCUCAACACCUUGCCGCACGAGGUUCGGGCGUUCCGUCAUCAGCGCUCAGGAGCGACACCCAUCGCGGACUGGGAGUCGGAGCUGACAGCGGCGGCGACCUCGCAUGUUGGCGAGGAGGUCUUCCCAGCCGAGCCGCUCGACAGGCCGAGGUUACUGGAGGCGCUGCCGCCGAUCGGGGCUUGCACGGCGGUCAAGGCGUUAGACGUCACCGAGGGCUGGUUCCAGGCGGCGCUGUCUGACCCCAGGUUCAUCUUGAUAAAUGUGGAGGGGAUUGGAGACCUGCCGCCGUCGCCCAGGGUGCGGGGCCCCAACUCAGAGUGGGAGCUGCUCGCAGGCAACCUCGUCACGCGCGACAUCCUGAAGCCCACCGAGCACAAAGAGAUCGUGAAGUUCAGUGGCCAGAAGAUCAUGGGCGGCACGUUCGGCGUGAAGAAGGGCUCCCACGCGGGGGGUGAGAGCCCCCAGAGUCUGGUAAUGAACAUCACCCCGUCCAACUUCAUUCAGCAUGCAAUAAAGGGGGACAUGCUUUUGCCCCCUCACAGCGACAAGUGGAGGAGUAUGGUACCGCGCCCGGGGGAUUUCUUGCUCUGGAGCGCGGAGGAGCUGAAGUGCUACUUCUACGUGUGCAGCCUGUGCGACGCCUGGUUGGAGUGCCUGGCCUUCUCCAAGCCGGUUGGCGGCACUAGCGACGACCUGGACGUGCUCGAGUUCACCGCCUGGCGGCAGGCGCACCAGCUCCGGGAGAAGGGCAUGAGCGAGCUGGCACAGGUAGCGAGUGAGGGGUGCCAGAGCUUCGGGGUGCCUCGGAGCGAGAACAAGGCCGCGACCCAGGAGUUGAAGUCGCAGCCCCGGGGGGGGGCGGUCGACAAGGCUCAGGGCAUGAGCAGGCCCCCCGCCCAGUUCGGGGAGCGUUUGGUCUCUCUUACCAUCGCGACGCUCAGAUGGAGGGGCGUCACGAAGAAAUGGAUGCAGGUCUUGGCGGGCCGCUGGGCGCGUCGCGUGUGCUUCAGGAGGGAGGCGAUGAUGCGCUUCACCGAGUUGUGGCGGGUCUUGGUCCGCUUCAAGGGCCAAGCCUCUUUGCCUGCCAAGGUCCGCGAGGGGCUCAUCUCGGCCCUGGCGCGGCUGCCACUUCUGAGCUGCGACCUACGCAUACCCUUCUGCGUUCUGGUGACGGUGUGCGACGCCAACAUGCAGAGGGGCGCCGUCUGCCGCUACGUUCUUCCUGGGCAAGAUGGAGUCGCAGCGGCAAGAGCAGCGAGCAGGAGGCCCGUGACGGUUUUUCACGACGCGGUGGCGUUGGUGUCCCUCUUCGAUGGGAUGGGAGGGACUCGCAGCACCUUGGACCUCUUGGAUGUCACCUCGGGGCUGUUCGUGUCCGCGGAGUUCGAUGCCGAGGCCAAGAGAGUGACCAAGUAUGCGUGGCCCGAGAUGCUGAAGGUGGGCGACGCGCAGUCCUUCGGGCACGCUGAGGCGAUGGCGUUCAGGGAGCGCGCGCCCCACAUCGAGUGGUUCCUCCUCAUCGGCGGAAGCCCGUGCACCGACCUCGCUCGCCUCAGCGUGGAGCACGUCGGGCCACAGGGGGGGCGCUCAGAGCUGUUCAUUGAGAUCUCCCGCAUCCGCCUACUCCUAGGGCAAGUGCUGGGUGAGUCUUGUCGGCCCAUGACUCCGACCGAGAACUUGACCUCGAUGGAUGCCGAGCCGCGCAACUUUAUGGGCGAACACUUCGGUCACCAGCCACGUCGUGUCGGAGCUGGCGGCAUCGCGCACCGCUAUCGCGACCGCCUGUAUUGGAUCGGCGAGAGCCUACUGCGCGGGUGGCAAGGCGACGUCUCCGUCCUCGAGGGCGCCAAGAUGAUCCACAUGCCGAGGGGCCCUAGCCCGGCGAGGCGUUCGCUGAGCCAGGAUCUCAAGUGGGCGGGAGACGCGGAUGAACACCUUCGGCUGCCAACGCUCUUGCGAUGUGUUCCUCGGCGCGCCCCUGGAGCUUUGCAUGCUGGGCUGCAGCGCCGCUCUGGGGAGAAACUUCAGAGAUGGCAAGCUUUCGAGUACUACGAUGCGCCAUACCAGUUCGGGAACGAGAACCGCAUCGAGGAGCCCUGUGGUGUGUCCAGUCCACCUAACAGCGUGGAGAGAGAGCUACCUCUGGACUUCUUGCCAGGGCACGCCAUGACAGCUCGGGUCACCUCGGCCAGAAGGCUGGGAGAACUCGAGCUGGAGGCGACUUACCGCUCCCCGCGGGGCAACAGCUCCCAGUGGAUGGCAGAGGCGUGGAUCCUGGCACACGAGGCGGUGAAGUUUAGGUACUUGCACGCCGUCCCUUCAGUGGUGGAGAUGCGCGUCUUCGGUGGCGGCGCCACGAUCGAGGACGACAGCGUCGACAUCGACGACGUCACCCACGUUGAGGGCGUGCCCAUCAAGCAGCAGAACCUGGAGGAGCCGGACGCGGCGCUGGACCCGAGCCUCGUGAUCGUGGAGGGGCUGGCGCGUCGGCCUCAGGCUCGUGGCGGCCACAUCAGGCUGGACACCUGCGAGGCGACGCAGCCAGACCAGUGGCCCAGGAGGCCGUUCAGCGGGGCCCGCUGGACCUGGCGCGCGAUCGCCAGCUGGGAGUGGGAAAGCCCGACGUGGACGGGAGUUUCAGACCACGUUGUCAAGCUCGACCGCCGCGUGACCAAGUGGAUCGAGUGGCUCUGCACCGAGGGCCACCCGCAGGGCCUGGCGGGCCGCGCGAUAUCGACAGUUCAGUUCCUCUUGCGGAAGAAGCGAGCCUUGCCAGCCGCUGGGCGACUGCUGCGUGCUUGGCAGAACCUCGAGCUGCCGCGGAGCGUCCUGCCAUUGCCCGAGGGGGUCCUGCUGGUGAUGGCGGCCACGGCGAGGGGCUG